GACUCCCCCCGCCUGGACUCGCCACCCAGGAAUCGCCUCGACCACCCUUGACCUAUCCGCGCAUUCUUCGCUGCACUUCUCCGGGGACAAUCUGGCGAGCUGUGACUGCCUGGCAUCUGGUCAGCAUGGCUACAUGGGGCAACAAAUCUAACAACGAGCUAUUGCAGUCGCUGGAUAAACUCUUCAAGGAAGGAACGUACUCGGACUUGACAAUUACGUGUGGAAACGACGAAUACAAAGUCCACAAAGCCAUCAUUUGCCCGCGGUCGUCCUUCUUCGCCAAGGCAUGCGAUGGCCUAUUCCAGGAGGGGAAUACUGGAGUUGUUUCCCUUCCAGACGACGAUCCCCAAGCAGUGAGGCUCAUGAUGCAUUACUUUUACCAUCUUGACUAUCCAAGGCAACGCGAAGUCAAGCACGGUUUUCUCAACAAGUCGCAGAGUACCAACCCCAAGUCGGACGUCGUCACCAAUCCUGGCUCGACCUCCGGCAAGACGUCGAACAAAACCCCGAAAUCAGCUUACUCCGUCCCUCCACACCAGGGCUUCGAGGUACCAAACCUCACCAUUCACGCUAGGCUAUAUGCCCUUGCAGAGAAGUACGACGUGCAGGGACUGAAGGCUCUUGCCCUGGAGAAGUUCAAAGAGGAAGCCAGAAUACAGUGGGACAGCGAUGAUUUCAUCCGCGCCGCGGAGGAGGCGUACACGUCCACUGUAGAUCGCGACCGGGGCAUGAGGGACGCUGUGGUGGAGGCAAUCCGUGAGCAUUCGGUUGUCUUGGACAAGGAAUCAAUGCAGAAUGUGGUCAGGCGUUUUGAUUUAUGCUUUGAUCUCAUGAUGAGGUUCAGGGAUUUGAUUGGCAGAGGCUACAGGUUCUAAGCAUGUUCGCUGGCAAGAAGGUACUUGGGACUCACUGCAAGGAGAGCAUUGGUGAUCACAAUCACUACCCCACGAACUCAAAGUCGCCCAUGGGCCCUUAAGAGUGAUAAUUCGCGGUACAUUGUCUGUAAAGUCGCCUUUUACUAUUAUUUAUAUGCUCUCUCCGAUGG